AUGAGGGUGUUGCUCUGCACCCUCGCUUUUAUUGCUCUUUCAUCCGCACAAUUCUUCUCUUCUGGAAGCACUCCUGAGAAUUAUUACGAUCAAUUCGGAGUCAAGGAUGCCAUUGGUGUUUGGAGUGAUGCAUUGAGGAAAAUUGCUCUUAGAAAUAACCCGAAAUUGUGAGUUGCUAAUCUUUAUUUCGUGGUCUCUAUGAUUUUGUUAAGUUAUGUACCAAGUAAUGGCCGUCAGUUUACUAUUGAACCUCCUGCAUUCAAACCUGAAGAUUUGGACUUGAACAAGCUAAAACGUGGAAAAGGAGACACUAUUAUUAGUGAGAAGAUGUUGACCCUCUUGCUACCAAGAGUAAAGGGACAGAAUCCGUUCACAACCACUACCACCACUACCACAACUACCACUACAACUACGACUACUCCAACUCCAACAACUACCAUUACCACAACAACCACUCCUCCUUCAACAACUGAAGAAAUUACGAAACAAAAACUUGCUGGAAGACUCGUUCAACCGGAUAUGGAUAGUGAAGAGGUUUGCGUUCUGUUCUAAUGACUCAUUUUAUGGUCUUUUGUUUAGCCCGAUUCCGCAGAAAGUGGCGUCGGGAAGAAGAAGCAUGCGGAGAAGGUCGAGUUCACCACCGACGACAACAAUGUCAGUCAGGAGGCUGAUGUCAAGCCGGAAGAGAAGAAGAAGGUAUUCUUGCAUAAUCAUGAGCUUCCAGCAUUCGUGAGUAAUGUUGUAGGAAAAGAAGAGUAGCGCUGGGACGACUGAAGAACCAACCACUGUGACAUCCACCACGGAGAAGGCUACGACUGAAGCCACAACAUCAACGUCAAAGGGUUCCAAGUUGUCCGUAAAGAUCAGAUCUGAAGAUGAGAAGAAAGCCGAGGAGAAGGAUAAAAUCACUGACGAAGAGAAGCCGGAUUACAUGAAAAAGUUGGAAGAGAUCUACAAAAAAGAGGAAGAGCUGGUGGAAAGGGAAUUGGCAGAUCUGUCAGUGGCGGAGAUCUUCAGCAAAGAAAAUGAGACGGAAUCGACUACGGCAGCCACAACCACCACUAAAAAGUUGGUCAAAACCACAAAGGCAGCCACCACAAAAAAACCAGCUACGACUACGGCUAAGCCCACGAAACCACCGACCACCACCACCACCACCACUACUACCACUACUACAACCACCGAGGCUCCAACAACUACAACUACCACCGAAACUCCGACAACUACUACAACUACCGAAGCUCCAACUACUACUAUUACUACUACCACAGAACCAACUACAACCACAACAACUGAGCCGGCAACUACCACAACUACAGUAGACCCGUUGGCGGAAAAUGUUGCUCUUGAGAAACAAGCGAUCGAGGUAUGUGAUAUCUAACCCGUUUAUUUCACGCAGAAAACAUGAUUUGUUGCUAGGUUCUCAAAUCUUUGGACAGCGAGGAAAAAGCCGAUCAAGAGAAGAAUGUGGAGGUGCAAAAGCGAAAGGACGAAAGAGAUGCGGCGAGAAAGAGAAUCAACAACUUCCUGAAGAUGAUGCGUAUGAUAUCAUUGUUUUCUGAACACUGAACAAAUUGAGAAUAAUUACAGAGAAGGCAAGAGAUAAUAAGGGUAAACCGAAUAAGGAUGCUAAUACAACUACAACCACAGAAGAGCCGAAGACAACUACUGACACUACUGAAACUGCAAAGUCCACAGAGAGUACCACUGUCACAACAACUUCUGCUGAAGAAACAAAAACCACCAAAAAACCGUCGAAAAUUCCGGAAGCUGAAGAAGAAGAGGUGGUUGAGGAAACAACGAGCACAGUCGGUGAGACAACUACAACUACUGUCAAUCCUGAAUAUGAAAAGAACAAAGAUGUUCUUGUUGGAAGUAAGAAAAUACCCAAUUUCUUGUCAUAAAAUUGAUAAUUUAGCCAAAGCACUGACCCCAGAAGAGUUCGAAGCUGCCAUCAAUGCAAAGCCACCAGCAACAGUGGAUGAGACUUCGGAAAUUGAGAAAGCCGAAGUGCCGGUAGCACCUCCAACCCUGGCCCCAAUCACUCUUCCACAACUCACCGCCCCACAAAUGUCUCAACUCAUGCGUCCAGUUGCUGGCAUCAUGGAAGACAUCCGACCCAUUCUGAGCUCUCUUCUUUCCGGAUCUUCUCAGUCUAGGGCCAGAGUAAUAUUGAAGGGACCUUUGAAAUCUGAGAACUCAUAAUUUUCAGGCCGCAUCUGUGAGGACAUAUGAGAGAAGUCAAAACUCGAAUGUCAGAGACAUCAUGGCUGAUGGAUACUCUGAGAACUCAUUAGUCGGCUUUGGAUCGCAAUUGGCUAGAGAAAUUCUGAAUCCAGGAAUUUUGACUAGGGACAAACUGGUGAGUUUGUGGGAGCACAUAAACAAAAACAACAUAAUUCUCGUUAAAGACAAGAGAAAAGGCUAUGGCAGCUAAACUUGAAGAGGCUAAACUGAGAAGAAAUGCCGCUGUGGAAGCGAUGGCCACUGGCGCCCCGCUCGAUCUUUCUGGGUAUCAACAGUAUCAACAAAAGGCAGCUGGUCAGAACGUGAGCAAAAACUAACUGCAUAGUUGUUUCACAUUAAAUUUAAUUUCAGAACAACCUUCCAUACUUUAUUCCACCGCCGAAAGGCUACGUUGGACCACUUCCACCAGCUCCACCUCCACCAACUUUCCGAGUGGCACCACGUAAGUACCAGGAAAUCAAAAUUCUGUUAUGUUUUAGAAUUCAGAAGCCUCUCUCCCAGUUGUUGAAGAAGAACCAAAACCAGUUCCACCAACACAACCACCACAAACUAUUCCAGUUGUGACAACCAAGAAAGCUCGUAUGUCAAUCAAUCAAUAUCACUGCUUAUCUGAUAUUUUCAAUCAUUUUCAGCAAGAACAAAUGACGAAGGAUACGAGCAAGGACGUGAUGACGUCAAAACCGCGUUCCAUGGAGAUUCCGGAGUGAUGUUGGGCGGAGGACACAGUGCCCCGACCUCUGACUACAUGUCAAUGCCUAGUGAGACGUUCGGAUUGGCACCAGCUGGUCCCCCAGCUCCCCCGCAAGCUCAGGCCCCACCACAAGCCAGAGCACCGCCAUCGUCAUCGUUUGGAGGGGGUGGUGGAAGAGGAAACGGAUUUGGAGGAGGAUCCGGACCAUCCGUCCCCUUCGAUGAAGUUGAGAAGAACUCGAAAACCGAUUUCUCAUUCUUCACUUCAAACAGAAAGAAGAUGCUUUAA